AUGGCAGAAGCUAAAAUUUCAGUGGCUGAGGAUCAGUUCAGCUGUCCGAUCUGUCUGGAUCUACUGAAGGAUCCAGUGACCAUCCCCUGUGGACACAGGUACUGUAUGAACUGCAUUACAGAUAACUGGAAUAAAGAAGAUCAGUGGAGAGUUUACAGCUGCACUGAAUGCAGACAGACCUUCUGUCCAAGACCUGCUUUAAAUAUAAAUGUGAUGUUUACUGAAAUGGUGGAGGAACUGAAGAAGAAAACAGACCAGAUGGAUCAGUCUCUCAGUUACGCUGAACCUGGAGAUGUGGAGUGUGAUGUUUGUACUGGAAGGAAACGUAAAGCUAUUAAGUCCUGUUUUUUGUGUUUGGAAUCUUACUGUCAAACUCACUUUGAGCGUCAUGAGGAAUCUCGUUCAAGUAAGCGGCAUAAACUGACUGAUGCUGGACGAAUCCAGGAGAUGAUCUGCUCUAAACAUGACAGACUGCUGGAGGUUUUUUGUCGAACUGACCAGAAAUGUAUUUGUUUGAUUUGUGUGAUGGAUGAACACAAAACUCACGAUACUGUUUCAGCUGAAGCAGAGAGGACUGAGAAACAGAAUCAGGUUGGAGAGAUGCAAGAAAAAUGUCAGCAGAGAAUCCAAGAGAGACAGAAGAAGCUUCAAGAGCUCAGAGAGGCUAUUAAGACUCACAAGCGCUCUGCACAGGCAGCAGUGAAGGACUGUGAGAGGAUCUUUACUGAACUGAUCUGUUCAAUUAGGAGAAGCCGCUCCGAGGUGAUACAGAUGAUCAGAAAUCAGGAAAAAGCUGAAGUGAGUCAAGCUGAAGGACUCUUGAAGCAACUGGAGCAGGAGAUUGAUGAUCUGAGGAGGAGAGACGCUGAGCUGAAGCAGUUUUUACACACAGAUGAUUACAUCCAUUUCCUACAGAGUUUCCAGUCUCUCGCUGAACCUAUGGAAUCUACAGGUGUUCCCAGAGUUGCUGUCAGUUCUGUCCUCCCUUAGGAUGAUGUGAGAAAAUCUGUGUCUCACUUGAAAGAAAUACUGGAGGAGUUCAGUAAAGAGAAAAUAGAACGGUUAUCUGGUCAAGUAACAUACAUCGACAUUAUUUCCAAUAAUGAACCCAGGACUAGGGAGGAAUUCCUACAGUGUAAGUCACAUUGAAAACACACACACA